AUGGAAUUCGAGGACGCGCCCCGCUACGGCGGGCCCCAGGCUGAUGAGGCUGACGACAAAGCCGCCAAGCGCGAGGAGCUCGAGCGCAAGAAGGCCGAGGUCCGAAAGCGGCUCGAGGAGUCCGGCAAGGCCGGCAAGAAGCAGAAGAAGGGUUUCUUGACGCCGGAAAGGAAGAAGAAGCUUAGGAAACUGCUCAUGAUGAAGGCGGCAGAGGAUUUGAAGCAGCAGCAGUUGAUGAAGGAGCAGGAGCGACAAAAGGCGCUUGCUUCUCGUAUUGUCGCCCUCCCAGACUUGGAUAGCAUCAACGAUUCUGGCCAGCUCGAAAAGAUCUACAACGACCUGUUCGAGCGGCUAAAAACGCUGGAGGAGGGCAAAUAUGAGAUUAACCAGUCCGUCAAGUGCAAAGAUGCGGAAAUCAACGAGCUGACCAUUGCCGUUAACGAUCUACGCGGUAAAUUCGUUAAACCCAUGCUCAAGAAGGUGUCCAAGUACGACAACAAGUUCAAGUCGAGCGGAAAGGGCGAAGCUGCUCCUGGCGGCAAGGCCGAUUUCCGCGCCAACCUCAAGGUGGUCAAGAAGGAGACGGAUUUGGACGAACUCGUGAAGAAGAAGGAGAAGGCCGGUUUCUUGAAGGAUCAGCCCGCGCAGGAGGACAAGCCGAAGCCGGCACCCAAGAAGGAGGAGGUCGUUGAGGAAGCCCCAGCCGAGGAACCCCCAGCGGAGGAAGAGCCCCCAGCUGAGGCCGAGGAGCCCGAGGAGGAGGAUGGCGAGGAGGAGGGUGACGAGGAGGAGGAGGAG